AUGACCAUCCCACCCGCAUCCUCGCACACUCCCACCCCGAUUACUGUCUUCACUGGCUUCCUCGGCGCGGGCAAGACGUCGAUCAUCCUCUCGCUAUUACCGCAGCUGCCCCCGGACUACCGCGUCGUCCUGCUCAAGAAUGAGUUUGGCGACGUUGAGGUGGACAGCCAGCUGGCGAAGCAGUCGAGCUUGGCGGCGGUGAGCGAGAUUCUGAACGGAUGCAUGUGCUGCGUUCUGGUCGGGCAGAUGAAGACGGCGUUGCUGGAGAUCCUGGAGAAGUACCGCCCGGACAGGAUCAUCAUCGAGUGCUCGGGCUCAGCCUUCCCCGCGACGCUCGCUUUCCAGAUUCGCGAGCUCGAACGCGAGACGGGCGGGGAGCUGAAGCUGGACGCGAUCGUGACCGUCAUCGACGCGGAGAACUUUGUAGGGUACGAGGACUCAUCGCCCACCGCGCGGAUGCAAGCGAGCUACACGGACGUCAUCCUCAUCAACAAAUCGGAGCACGUCUCAGAGCGCGCGCUGGACAUCCUCGUCGAUCAUCUGAACACGCUGAACGACCUGACGCCGAAGGUGCGGUGCAAGGGCCGAGAGGGCGUCGACCCUGGGCUGAUCUUCGGGCUGGACUCGAAGCUGUUCCUCGGAAGCACAGACGCGGAGAGCGCGGAGGUGCCGCAUCAUGAGGAGGUCGAAACGAUCACUGUGUACGCUGGCUCGGGCAAUCUACACACGCACACGCAUGGUGCGGACUGCGGGUGCACGAGCGAUCACGACGAGGUGCACCCCGCGCCAGAGCCGAUCGACGAGGCACGGUUAGAGGAAGCACUUGGGAGCCUGUCGAAGGAGACGGUAUGGCGGGUGAAGGGGUUCGUGCGGCUCUCGAAGGGACCGCGGAUACUAAAUUGGGCGUUUGGGCGGUACGACGUACUCGAGACGGGCGCGGGCGGGCUGAAGGAUGGCGAUGGACUGCUGGUGACGGUCAUGGGUGAGCGCGGGGAAGUGAGGCGGGCUGCGCGGAGGUUUGCAGAGAGGCUUGGGGCGCGGGUGGGUUGA